UGCUCUUACAACCUGUCCCUUUCUGCGAAUAACAUUGCAUUUACGGGCCCAAAUCUUGCCUGGGCAGAUUCCAGACCAGACCAGACCAGACCAGACCAGGGAAGAUUCAGACCAGGCAAGGAUAUUUGCAAGUGGCACAAGUCAGGGAACAGCCUCACAUCUCCUCUGCUCUUACAACCCGUCUCUUUCUGCAUCUGACAUAUCAGUUACUGGUCCAAAUCUUGCAGGUGGUGGAUUCAGAGCAGGCAAGGAUAUUUGCAAGUGGCAGCCUCACAUCUCUGCUCUUACAACCCGUCUAUUUCUGCACCUGACGUAUCAUUUACUGGUCCAAAUCUUGCAGGGGGUGGAUUUAGACAAGGCAAGGAUAUUUGUAAGUGGCACAAGUUAUCAAUGCUCAAUGAAACAUGAUUAGUGACAGCAGACUUAUUAGUUUUUAUGAGCUUAUAAAUUGCAGCAGACAGCACUCGCUGAGUUACUCCAGCCUUUUGUGUCUAUCUUCGGUGUAAAUCAGUUCCUUCCGACACAUUACCCAGCACUCCUUACAAUGUUGUUCCCGGUCAGUAGUGGCCUUUUAGGUAAAACUAUGGGGUUUGGAGUAAAUUUAUUUGCAAAGGGCUUCUCUAGGCACAUUUCUACCUCUUUGUGCAAGCAGACAGUAAUGCCAGCUUGGGUGAUAGAUAAAUAUGGGAACAACAGUAUGCUGCGGUUUACAAAGGAUUCUCUCUUUCCUAUUAUACACUACCCCAAUGAAGUUAUAAUUAAAGUUCACGCUUGCAGCUUAAAUCCUAUUGACAUUUCCAUGAGAAAUGGAUAUGGUGCUAUAGCACUAAGAAUGAAACGUGACCCCUUGCAUUUAAAAGCUGCUGGCAGUGAAUUUCCUAUGAUUUUGGGCCGCGAUGUCUCUGGUGUCAUCAUGGAAACUGGACUGGAUGUAUCUUAUUUCAAACCUGGAGAUGAGGUGUGGGCAGCUGUUCCACCCUGGAAGCAGGGAACAUUGGCAGAAUUUGUGGUGGCAAGUGCAAAUGAGGUGGGCCACAAGCCAAAGGAGCUCAGCCACAGCCAAGCUGCAACCUUGCCCUACGUUGCCCUGACGACCUGGUCGGCCCUGGUGACCACUGGAGGACUGAGCAAAGACAACUGCAGCGGCAAACGGGUUUUGAUCCUUGGAGGCUCGGGUGGAGUCGGUACCUUUGCUACUCAGCUUCUGAAAGCCUGGGGUGCCCACGUGACCACCACCUGCUCAGCAGAUGCUUGCUCGUUCCUGAGAGACUUGGGCGCGGAUCACCUUGUCGACUAUCAAGCUCGGAGUGUGGAGGGGCAGCUGAAGGACCUGCAACCGUUUGAUUUUAUCCUGGAUAACGUGGGAGGACACACAGAGGACUGGGCCCUGAGCCUGCUGAAGCCAUGGUCUGGAGCUACCUAUGUGACCUUAGUGACACCGUUCAUGUUCAAUGUGGAUAGACUGGGGGUCGCCGAUGGAGUGUUUCGAUCAGGGGCCACCAUUGGCAGCAAAGUUCUCAAGCAUCUGAGCAAAGGCGUUCACUAUCGCUGGGCCUUGUUUGCACCGAGUGGCCCGUCUUUGGAUGAAAUAACGGAACUUGUGGAUGCAAGGAAGAUUCGACCUGUCGUUGAAAAGAUCUUCCCAUUUUCUGAGGUACCCCAGGCCUUCCUGAAAAUGGAGAGGGGUCACGCACGAGGGAAAACUGUCAUCGAAAGGAGUGGGGAAUGAUCGAGAUCAGCCGCCAAUAUGCGUGUAGCAUAAUGACACACAUCCCCAUUUUCAAUGGUAGCAAAAAAAAGCUUUAGUCAAUAACUCAAAUUCUAAACUUUAUUUUUAUGAGAAUUUGCAUAAAACAGUUCAAAACAUUAGCAAAUACAGUCGUACCGUUGCUGCUGCUGGUUACCAGAUUCCACGUAAGAUAAUACGUCCACUUUUCAGGUACCAAAACAACUGUAAAUAAUGUUUUACAGUAGAAUUCAUCGAAGUUUAGGUCACAUUGGUGUUACAGGAGGUUCACAUGACAAAUGAGGCAGAGGAUAACACAAAUAGAAUAUCAAAUCAAAUGCUGAAGAUAACACGACUACAUUGAUAUAACGCCCAAACCGUCCCCGUUAUAGUUUAAAAAAAGAGAGGUACAAAAACAAUGCGUGAUUGAUUAAAAGAGUUAUAAACCUUG